CCGAGGAGGGGCUCCUCCGUCAAACUGGUCGCUGUUCGUGGUGCUGAAACAACGCCUGGCUUCGGUUGUGCCUGAGCGAAUCGUUCCGCCUCUCCCUGUUGUUCCUUCUCCCAUCACUUUUAAUCUCCUGUCCUGUGCAGCCGACCUCCCCCUGACGUCGAGGCUGAAAGCAUGCAGUUUUAGUGAAGGUGUGCGGAAUGGAUUAAUGCUGUAGGCAGGAGCGGUAUGGAUUCUCCUCGGUGUCCCGUCCUCGUCGCCGCGCUGGUCGUCUGCCUCUGCUCCUCACCUGCCGUCUCUGACAGGAAAUUCGGUUGCCUGUUUGAAGAUGAGCUCUGUGCACCGUAUGAGUUCUGCGUCAACGAUGGAGUGUUUGGAAGGUGCCAGGAGUUGGCCGGGACAGAUCUGUACUCGUACGAUAUCUCAUCCUCCGCUCUCCAGCGCCUCAGGAUCCUCCUACAGAAGCUGGCUCACAGAGGUUUGACGUGGCGGGACGACAUAACUCAGCAGGUUAUCUCCAGAGAGCUCUCCAAACUGAGGAACAUCCCUGUACGCCAGCAGAGCCCCUCUCCGAGUCAGCUGACGGCAUACAGUAGCUCCAGAAACAGGAAGCUGAGACCGACUCAGGCAGAGCUGAGCAGAAACCUUCAGCAGUAUUUGACGGGGUUGGGCUUUAUGCCAGACGCUGACACAAAGCAACAAGAAAAUCAACCAGUCAUUCAGAAUGAAGAUAUCACACCCGAGGCUCUGAAAAAGGUCAGCCAGCCAAAACCAAAGCAGACCUGGAAGGAAACCACCAUCUACAGCCUCCAGAAAGGAGCUGGCCAACCUCCAGUUACCAAAGUCGUUACCAAGAGUGGCGAUGGCAGACACCCCAAACUCAGUACAACGUACUUGAGCCAUGAACCUGACAGGAGCAAACUCCUUUCCAACCAUCUGCAGCAGCUUCUUCCCGAGGCAUCAAGCACUCAGCAGGGCAUCACUGAUGGAGAGCCUGUAUGGCCAAAGGGGAAACUCCACUACCUCAGCUACCUUCAGCCUACUCAGAGCAAUCAUGCAGACCCACAGAUUGCUUUUGGCUCCAAUACGGCAAAGCCUAAUCUAGACAGACUGCUCUUCAAAUCUGGCCCAAAUCGGCUCCCUGCAAAAGACCCUCAUAGCCUCAUGGAUGAUCAUCUCAUCCUUAAUGCGGUGAAUCAGCUGGGGAGGCACAGCCUUAACAUGGAGGCUUUGAUGGGCAAAGAUCUGGACCAUCUUGCUGAGGUCAUCACAGGAGCUCUGCAGGAGGCGGAUGAGGAGCAGCUUACUGAUGGGGUCGAGCCAGUACCCGGUGCUGGUGACCACAGGGGGGAGAUGAGGGUUAACCAGGAGAAGCCGGCAGGAAUGCUUCUGAAUCAAGACCAGAAUCUGAAAUCAAAUGAAGGACUGAAUCCAAAACCUAAGGAAACUCUGACAUUAAAACAACAAGGCCAACGAAUAGACGUUGCAGAAAAAGAGUCCACUGACAAGCAUGGGGCCAUAUUUUCCAAGCUGCUUGACUACCUCAACAAGGAGCCCUUUGGUGGUGCGCCGGGGGUCAAGAGCAGGCCGCCAGCUCCUCUCCAGAAAAUGGUUGGACUGGAGAGAGUCCACAGCAUAACGAGGCAGGGUCAAGUUCCUGCCCCUUACCGCUCAGAGGAGAAGAUCGUGACCAUCCCCGCGAAGGAAGGGUCCACCCUGCGGCUGAGUGGUGGAGCAGAGAGGCCUGAUGGGAGGGUGGACUCUGAGAUCCAGAGGUGGAUGCAGGCCGACCAGGCCCCCGAGGGGGCUGCACAGCCAGAGGAGGCGCAGAAGAAGGACGUGAAGAUUAAAACCCAGCUGGUCCACGUGGGAGUGAAGGAGUUUUCCAGCAGAGGGAAGGACAGACACUUUGGCUACAUCAUCACCAACUCAGACUCCCUCACCAAUGACCGGGCCUCAGACCUGAUGGAUCGGCUGACCCAGAGGCUGAACCUCCACACGGCAGAUCUCACGCAGCUCUCAGUUCUGGGUCCUGCAAUGACAUUCAGGGUCGGCCCAAAUCCUAAAAACGUGACCACUGGAGACCUGGUUCAAGCUGCAGUCCAAGAAAAGCAGCAACUGGAGAAGGAGACAGGCCUGAAGAUAGUGGAGGCCGGAGUGAGUGAUAGGGGCAGCCUGACCCAGAUCCCCGUGGUGAAAGAGACCAGGGUGGAGUCUGGCCAGUUCCUGCUGCUCUCCGUCCUCUGCAUGCUCUUCAUCCUGGUGGCGCUGGUCGUGUCCGCCACCUUCUUCUGCAUCCGCAAGCGCUCACACCUCCACAUGAAGGAGAAGCUGGCAAGCCUGGGGACUGACACCAGCCAUGACGCCACCACAGCCUAUCAGGAACUGUGUCGCCAGCGCAUGGCGAUCAGGACGUCGGAGCGCGUGGAGCGGCCAGAGACCCUGCGUCACUCUCGCCUCAACAGCGUGUCGUCCCAAUUCAGCGACGGCCCCGUGGUCAGCCCGUCGACACGCAGCAGCACCUCCUCCUGGUGUGAGGAGCCGGUGCCGUCCAACAUGGAUAUCUCCACAGGUCACAUGAUCCUGUCGUACAUGGAGGACCACUUGAAGAACAAGAACCGUCUGGAGCGCGAGUGGGAGGCGCUGUGCUCCUACCAGGCCGAGCCCAGCGCCUGCAGCAUUGGCCAAGGCGAACAGAACUCCAAGAGGAACCGAGCUGAUGCUGUGGUCGUUUAUGAUCAUUCCCGCAUCACCUUGAAAUCGGAGAAUAACCACAGCAACUCGGAUUACAUCAAUGCCAGUCCCAUGAUGGAUCACGACCCUCGCAAUCCUACUUACAUUGCCACCCAGGGGCCACUUGCUUCCACUGUGGCAGACUUUUGGCAGAUGGUGUGGGAGAGCGGCUGUGUGGUCAUUGUGAUGCUGACCCCUCUAUCAGAAAAUGGAGUAAAGCAGUGUCACCACUACUGGCCUGAUGAGGGAUCAGACAUCUACCACAUAUAUGAGGUCAAUUUGGUGUCUGAACACAUCUGGUGUGAAGAUUUCCUGGUCCGGAGUUUCUACCUGAAAAACCUGCAGACCAACGAGACGCGCACAGUGACCCAGUUCCACUUCCUGUCCUGGAUGGACCGCGGGAUCCCCAGCUCAGCCCGGACCCUUUUAGACUUCCGCAGAAAGGUUAACAAGUGCUACCGUGGCCGAUCUUGCCCGAUAAUUGUUCACUGCAGUGACGGAGCCGGCCGGAGUGGGACCUACAUCCUGAUUGACAUGGUCCUCAAUAGGAUGGCUAAAGGUGCUAAAGAGAUUGAUAUUGCCGCUACCCUGGAGCACUUGAGAGACCAGAGAGCUGGCAUGGUCCAGACAAAGGAGCAGUUUGAGUUUGCUCUGACGGCCGUGGCAGAGGAGGUGAACGCCAUCCUGAAAGCGCUCCCUCAGUAAAGACCUUCUCUUCUUCCAUCUCGGAGCGCCGGUCUUCUCUGCCCACUCAGUGCAGACGUCGCACCCCUCCAGUCUCCUCUUCUGUUGCAACCUCCUCUGCACCUACAUGCAAUGCUGUAUUCUGAAUAUCGUGCCGGAUCCGUCCGUAUUCGUGAAUUCCAGAGUUGGAACGUUGAUUUGAUGGAUGUUGUGGUGAUUGAGGAUAAUGGAGGCAGAUCUGUGUUCCUACUGUGCAAUUUCUGAAUAUGAACCCAUGGUUCUCUAUGCUGUGGUGUUGUUCCUGAACAUACUGUUGCAGUGCCACUGAUGAGAUGUGUAUGUAACGUCACGUGAAGAUUACUAACUGAGCUGUCACCUGUUAAAAACCACUCUCUGGCUGCAGCUAUUUUUUGUUUUUUCUCUUUUUGUAUUGGUUAAAUUUUUUUGUGUGAAAUCCUAAAAGAAAAAUUGUGAUAGAGUCUGUGUUCAUUUAUUUAUCAUCUUUUUGUGUGGCUGACAUUACUAAAUAUUCUAAUCUUCCAAAAUUUACUGCUUUGACAAAAAAAAAUUUUCAAAGGCCUUUCAAAAUCCUAACGCAUAAUUCAAUGCAUUCUAUUGGGAUUUCAUGUGAGAUACCAACACAAAAUGGUGCAAAACUGUAAAAAAGAAAAUGAAAGUUGUUAGAAAUGUGUGGUGUGUGUUUGUAUGCUACCACUACCUCAGCAUUUUGCAUGUAUGCCAAAAAGCUCAAUUACAGUCUGUCAUUGCAACUUCUUCCUAUAUUAUAAAAGCAAGAUUUGUGGAAUACACAAUAAUAGUUGUGCUGUCAACAGGUCUUUCCACCUGAGUUAAUAGGACUGUAGCUCAUCCAGAGUCACCAUGGGAGUCCGGGUGACUACUCUGAUUAAUGCUCUCUGAUCUGUGCAUUUAAGUCAUGCUGUUUGUUAUCUAAUGUUGCAACAGACCUCAGUCUGCUUCACAGAACAGGUGGAUUUAUGGAUUUAGGUGGACUCUGUUGGUUGCAUUGGAUUUUCAGGGGUAUAAAGGUGUGACAAAACAAAUGCACACCACACCUUUUUGGAUUUUUAUUUGUUCAAAUUCUUGGAAACAAAUUUCCCUUCUCCUCCCACUUUGAAAUGAAUGUGCUGCUUUGUGUUGGUCUGUCAAAUAGAUACAUGAAAUAAAUUAAAGUUUUUGAUUUGUGAAAAUAUUAAAUAUUUUGCAAGGCACUAUUUGCAACAUAAAAACUAAGAAUAGUCCUGUCAAGCAGGAAGCAGAUGUUAUGUUUGUGUUUUUGCUUUAAGACAUAAAGUCACCUAAAUGCUGCAGCUCUCAACUGUAACACUUUCAGACCAAGAAAAACAUGAAAUCCUUGCCUGUAAAACUCAUCCUUCUGUACAGAUUCUGUCCUCCAGAUGAAGUGCUGUUGAUGGAAUUAUAAACUCCGUACAUUUCUCCCCCUCUGUGAACAGAAGACACUAGAUUAGUAUAUAUACAUAUAUAUAUUCAUCAGCAUCACAUUGUCAGAUGUUGAUGUGCAUGGGUAUUCUUGUGAAUAUGGAUCUCGGACUACGACAAAAAAAAAAAAAGGCCUCACAGAUUGUAAUAAUUACAACGUAUCACAUCGAUUUCACAUUUUUUCUUCAGUGCGUGAACAUCUCUGUGAAUAUUAAAUGUGAAAUAUACCAAACUGAGAUAGUGAUAGCCUCUAUUUAGAAACCAUGUCCUCCUGUAUCAAUAGUAAUAAGAUUAUAUAUUUAGGAAGAGAAUAUAUGGGGAUUUUGUUAAAUUUGUCCCUCUUUUGCUUGUAUAUUGUGACAUAUUGUGCAGGAUAUUUGCUCUAUAGACACUGAAUGACUUAAAGAAUCCUCAUAUUGUGCUAUCUGAAACACACCGAGGGCCUCUGUGAGAACUAUAUAUUUUGUGUGAGAAGUAAAAUAUUACUUUAUUCAGAUUGAUAAUAAAUCUACCGUACUUUAAAACAA